UGAUGAUCAUGAUGAUGAGUAAUUCUAAUUCGGUCGUUCUGGUGUCAAUGUCAUCGAUCAAUGAUAUCGACGACCUAGAUGACCUAGAGGACGCAUGUCUUACUUUUUUCUCGCGAAGGUUGGAGAAUAGAAGAUAUCGAUAUCCAUAUAUUGAAACAGUAUUGGAAUCUCGUCACACUCUUUGUCAACAUGCUUGUUCUUGCAAGGCCGAUUCCGUUUCUCCUCUUGAACGGAACUUUGACCGGUGCCGGGAUAUGGGUUAUGGGACGGCGACCUGUGGACGAGAAAACUGAUUUGCUCGCAUCUAUUCCAGGACAACGUCAACCUGAUUUACUACAUGAGGAUGAGGUGAACGGGGGAGGUGCGCCAGCUGCUGCAGCACACGACGAAAUAGAGGAAGUAGAUGAAGAUGCUCCACUUCAUCUUCAGCAUGAUCCUCCACCGUCAAAUCCCCACACUGAAACCGACACUGCGGACAACCAUGCCGUGACUCAACGUGAACAAAAUGAAUUAUUUCACCCAUCGAACGUCGAGGCGCCAGUGCUUCUGCUUGCUGAUGCUAGUGUAGUUGAUGUAGUUGAUGAGACUGCGGCACUGCUGGAACUGGGAGAGGACGUAGACGACGGCUCUGUGGGGUUGUCCACUUCAUCUUCAGAUUCGCUCCCGCGUAUGGAUGAUCUGCCGACAACCAGUUCUUCUUUCCGAGGGCGAGCCUCUUUUGCAGCGAGAGCGACAGCAUCGAACUAUAGACGACCACACGGAAAACCAGUACGGGAAGUGAUGUUUUCCAACUUUCCUGCAGGUACAACUAGCAGGGAACAUCAAGGUGCGGACGUUGAUGUUGUUGACGGUUUGUUGUAUCCGUCCGGCGGGUCCGGAACUUCUAACAACUCGUCGUCGUUCAUCACAACGACAGUCGGCGGUGGCGAGAGCAAGUACGUUCCCUUCCUUUCCGCUCCUUCCACAGCAAGUACAAGUAACUCUCACCUCGAGCUGCAACACCAGGGACGAGGCACGGCGUCGCCAUCGGAGGCGACACUGAAAACCAAAUCCGGGGACGAGCAGCCAGGUUUUUUGGAAUUUGGGUCGACGGAAAGAGAUGAACUCGCGAGCGGUGGUGCAGCAGCGGUCGAAGCAGAUGAUAACGCUAAGGAAAAGGAUGAAGAAAACCAAAACGCCCAAGAAGUAAAACCCAAACCCGUGGAUGUUGUUUACAAAGAGAUGGUGACCGCGUAUGACCCCAAGGGCAAAUGGAACCUCGUGAACUCUUACUACCAAAUCAACAGGGUGCGGCUCGGUGGCUCCAACAGGAGGUACUUUAGAUUCCAAGUCGCGCCACCUACUUCGAAGUCGGAGUCUGGGGAAAUGAAUGACGACAACCUGCAACCGUACCCAGGUCCGUUUUCUCCCGGAGCGGCGGCCGCAAAUGAGUCGCCCCCGCAGAGCUUUCGCGCGAUCAAAAAAGGAAAAUUGCAGAAAGACGUGGCCGAAGAUAAGGAGAAAGAGUACUAUUACGCUGCACUGCGUGCCUACAUUGAGGCGUUCGCCACGUGGAUCCGGGCCGCGUGCCCCCCGUUUACCGGGUCGGCAUUUCCGGCGGGUCAUUUCUACAAAACCAAGCGCGUUCCUCAGGAUCUGAGAUUCUACUGGGAUCAAGGAGGUAGUAGUAGUACGACAAAGGAACUGACCGUCGCCUUCGUUCCCGAAAAGAAGGGCAGCUAUAUCGACGCGCAGCAGUGGAAGACCGCUCCGGAGGUUCCCUUUGUCGGAGGUUCUGGUGGCGGAUCAUCCGGACGAAAGAAGGACCUCCUGCCAAUCCGGCUCUGCCAGGCGAAGUACCAAAUUACCUUCGCUGGGCUGCUGGGCGCCUUCGAAGACGACGACGGCCGCGCGCAAGUGUGGAGCCGUAGACUCGGCAGCAGUGCGGAAGGUGGGGCACAAAUUGUCAAUUUUGAAGAUGACGGUGAGCGUGAGCACGAUGGUCUUCAAACCGUGCAGCGCGAGUUCUUCGACACCGUGAAAGAAAAAAUGACCGAGUGGAUCCGGCAACGGGAGGGGGUCGAUGCCUGGACUCUGGACUUCGCGGAGCUGGUCACGGCGAAGAGGGACCUGAACGACGCGGCCUUCCUUGCGGGUUGGAAAGUUCUAGAGAAGCACUACAAGAAGGGCAAGAGUAAAAUCUUUAAGCAGACCCCCGCGUUCGAUGUGCUCCGGGAUUUCGUGACCACCAUGAAGAGCUGGUACAGCGGACUCGAGGAUAUUCUGAAGAACGUAGAAAAGAACCUGCGAAAAAGCGCGAGGACCAAGUUGAACGGAGCAGAGAAAUCGAAUGUCGCCGACAAGGCCCUGUUGUACGUCCUGGGCGAGCCGAGGGGAAAAAGCGGAAAGGCCGGCAGUGCGUGGAUGGACAUUCUAGACAACAACUACCGGUGGCACGGCGUAGAUCCGCAGCUGAAAGGAACCUUGAUUAACAAGAAAAAAGACGUCAAAGCGUUGAUUGCCUCUGCGGGCCGCCUGCAGCAAGGAUCGUCUUCUUCUAAUACCGCUCCUUCCGUCCGGGAACAAAGCAACACUGCCACGGCAGGCGAAGAACCAGAGCAAGAACGUGAAGAAGAACAAGACGAGAGAAGCGCAGCGGUGAAAAGAAAAGAGAUCCUCCAGGACUUCUACGGAGCCGCGGUCUGGGCACACAAAGGGGAGGACCUCUACAUGCCCACGCUCGCUCGGGCAGCCUACGCUGGCGUCCUUGCUGCCACGCCUGGAGGCAGACGCAGGCUCGGACGAGCGCUAUCGGAAUACGGGCAGCAGCUGUGGAAGUAGUAGGAGAUGCACUUUCAUGAUCUAGUAACAAGUAAAAGCUUUUUCAGCUCCCAAGGCCAGCAACGACGACCGCCUCGGAGUGACGUUAGGGUUACGGACUAGCAGCUGCCAGGAAGAAGUGUCGUAGUUCUAGUUUUUGCCGUUCGUUUCGCUUUUGUUUACUACCUCGCCCUUCUACGUCUGUCCCGGUGGUGUAGCAAGGACUAACAUGCCGCUGGCGAUGCUUGCUCAUGUCGCACGUGCUUGGUGGUCUAAGAGAUGUCGUCCAUAUAAUCGACAGUCACGAUACUCGAUUUUGCCAUUGCGAACAGCUUUCGCCAUAAAUUCAACUUAAAGAAAUUUUUAUUCAUUUUUCGGUGGAAGCAAAAAAUAAAAAGUACCCGUCGAGGUUGAUCUUCUCCUGUCGUGUUG